CGGGUUCGAGCGCAAGUUAGAAGUACAACCACCCGUUCCCAUUGCACCAAUACUCGCUCGUCAUGUGCUCCAACCGCAACUAUGCUAGAUACCAGAGCUGACCGUGCUGAAUUGCAUGUGCUACAUGCUUACCGGCAAAAGGUCCCUCGGGGGCCAGCAUCGUGAGCUUGGAUGAGUGAGUGACUGAUGUCAUAUCGAGCUGCUGACACACGUCGAGGUAGACUCUAUAUCAAGGAUUAUACAGCCCACUUUACACCAAUCUUUCAUCUCUUCUUCACACCGCCCUGGCCCGCCUGUACAAGACACAAUCGUUUUGCCUCGGCCUCGUUGGCCCAGGCAUUUUUCUAACGAUGAGAAACCCUACAAUCGCUGUCGAUUCGAUCGAGCCGCCGGCUUGGACUGUUCAAGAAGCGUAUAAGAAGCAUCCGUUAGACCUAGGACCAAAGAGCAUUCGAGUAUUGGACAUUCUCCCUCUUCCGAUAGAUGAUUCCGAUAACGCGCCCAUUAAAGCCCAUCUGCGCGUCGAAGAUCUUGGCAGGAACCCCGAUUUCACAGCCUUGUCGUACGUCUGGGGUACCCACGCACCUCAGCCACAUGUUAUGCGGUGCGAUGAUGUGCGCUUCAAAAUUACGAGCAAUUGUCAUUCUGCGCUGUGGCACCUGCGUAAGAAACUCGGUGGCUUUACGAUCUGGCUUGACGCUAUAUGUAUCAAUCAGGAGAAUGCCUCAGAAAAGACACAGCAAAUCCCACUCAUGAGUGAUAUCUACAUGAAGGCUACGCUCGUGUACGUGUGGCUGGGCGAGGGGUCAAGUGAAACAGACAGAGCCAUGGCAUACUUGUCGAAUUCGCACUUUCAGAAACAUUUCAACGUCAAGUUGGAUGGAUCGAAGGUUGACCGCCCGUAUGCCGCAGCGUGGUCUCUUUACGCUUCAGCGUUCAAUCCUGCGUACCAUCCACUCCCCUUCAUGCCCGGCUCUUCUAGGUUCCAUUGGUUGCGCUCCAAGCCUUGGAUACAACGUAAGAAUUAUGUAACCUGGCUCGAUCUCGACCUUGUGCUAAAACGAGAAUGGACGCAGCGCGUAUGGACUUACCAGGAGAUCCUGCUUGCUUCACAUCCGGUGUUAGUGUGCGGCAACGCUCACCUAACUUGGGCUGCACUCGAAAGAAGCGCUCUGUUCCUGUGUAACAUCCGCUACGACUCUUGCCGGCGGCUUGUUGCUCUGUGGGAAAAGCUCGCAUUCGACAGGGAAAGACUGGGCUCAUUGUCAUCAAUGGCCUCAAGCAGCACAUCGUUCACAUUGCAAGACUACCAGGCGUUCAUCAGGCAGAGUCUCACGAUCCGUCAACAUCUCAGGAGGGGUAUUCCGUGCAUUUUUAUCGUCACUGGUGCUAUUGUGCUGCUAUUGGGCCUCGAAUUACUCGUAUAUGGUAAAUACGGACAUACAGCGCCCAUGGUGCUCGCGCUCCUGGGGUUCACAAGCGUAUUUUUCAACUUGAUCUAUCUGAGUUUCAACUGGUAUUUUGAGCAAUGGGAACCGAGUAGUGUCCAUAACUCCACGACAGAUGACCUUGUCGGCGGGAUCUAUCGUCGCGAAUCAAAAGAGCCCAUAGAUAUGGCUUAUGGCAUGUGGGGCAUUCUUCAGAAAAGAGGCGCCAACGAUCUCCCACUGCCGACGUACGACCAGGAAAUUACCAAGAUAUACUGGGUCCUCACUAUAAACCUUAUCCGCGUCACCAGUUCCCUCGAGUUUCUGCCAUUUGCUGCUGCACGAGGACAGCCAGGAGCUCCUUCGUGGGUGCCCGAUUGGUCCGCAUACAAAAAACAAGACUGGAUACGUGAGUAUGACUUUCCAGGAACCAACACUCGGGGACAGAGCAUGAGAACGACGGAAGAGGUAGCAAGGAUCUGCAAUCGCGAAAAGACAGGAAGAUUGUUGUCAAUCGGGGAAGCAGACACUGUUUUGACAGUGCGUGCUCGAGAAAUUGGUAGCAUAUGCGGCUGUGCCUCCUUUCGUAAAACGAGCGUCACAUUUCGAGAAUCCGAAAAGGAUCUUCACCUCGCCAACUUACGCGCGAUGUUUCUGUGUGCAUCUUGGACGCCCGAUAUCAGGUCCUACAUGCGCAUUCUAGGUUUAGUCGUAGUUGAUGGAGAUCAAUGGCCGAAGCAUGUGAAGAAAUGGGACAAAUACUACAAGAAGUCCAGAAGAGAGGAACUAGAGAGGUUUUUGCGUUUGCACUCAGAGACGCACGACGCGCCCGCUCGUUUCACGGAAUUCUUACAUACCCACACCACUAUUUGCAACAUGGUCGCUCAGGCAGACCGUCAGAUUUGUUCGACAAUUUCGUUGGCGAACCUUUACGAGCCUCCAUACCUUGACAGAAAAUGAGUCACGUAUUGCGAAGAAAUUUCUUCUAAUUCUUCAAUAAAGCUUAUAUUACGUAGGGGUAGGGCCCUGUACUAUGGUAGUUAAUCCUCAUGAGCACACAGCUAGUCUAUCUAGUAUUCGUCAGGACCAAUACCACAUAGACAUAUAUGCAUAGCGUUAGGAUCAUCUAUAGACCACAUUAAAAC